AGCUUCAUGUAUGAAAAUGGUAUCUGCAGUGGCCACAUUCUGCUGUUUAUUAUUGUUUUUGGCCACAGAGUGCUACCACCAGAGACCAAAGCUCCCUCCAAAAGUUGAUGACAUAAUUCAAGGUCUGAAUGAAAAACCAAAAACUAGAGGCUUCCAAGGGCAAUGUCAAGGCACCUGUAGGAAUGGCUCCCAUUGCAGACAGUCCUGUGAGAAGCCCUUCCGUGGAGAAAUAGGAUUCACAUGUAAUAACAAAAGGUGGCAAAAAUCUAUCGAAACAUGCACGAGUCUUACUGUCCAAACACUUUUUCAGGAGAUCAGUGCAGUUUCAGUAUAUGAGCCAAGCCUAUCUAUUGGCUCACGGUUUUUUCCAACUGCAUUACUAAAUCCCUAUAAUCAAGAGAUCAUUGAGUCAGUAGCUCAAGGCAUCCAGAAGAAGUGUCCAGAUGAUUAUGCCUGUAUAAUCAAUGGUGUGAGGUCUUCAGAAGCUACAUCUGGAAAUAUUGCCUUCAUAGUAGAGUUGCUGAAAAACAUAUCCAUGCAAUUGUCUGCAAACAUCACCCGAAGGAAAAUGCAGAGUUUCAGCACAAUAGUUAACCAUGUCCUCGACAGAGCAGUCAUCUCAAAUUGGACCUUCAUUCCUGAGAGAAACACUAGUUCAGUUUUGCUACAGUCAGUGAAUUUAUUUGCCAAGAAUCUUACCAUUGGUGAUGAAUCUGAGAAUAUUGUGGAUGAGCCCUUUAUUCAGACCAAAGGCUUUAGAAUCAGCCAUAACACCCCAGAGAAGAGUUUCAAUUUCUCCAUGAGGGUGACUGAUGGUGAGGAGGAUGUACAAGGGAUAGUGUCCAUCCCCCAGAAAGAGCUACAGAAGCUCUCGGCUCCCUCCCAGGCCAUUAGCAUUGCUUUCCCAACCCUGGGAGAUAUUUUGGAAGAAGCUCAUUUGCAGAAUGAGAGCUUUCCCAGACAAGUGAACGGGCUGGUUCUCUCAGUGAUCCUGCCAGAAAACCUGAGGCAAGUCAUACUCACUUUUGAGAAGAUCAAUAAAUCCCACAAUGUCAAAGCUCAAUGUGUAGGCUGGCACUCCCGGAAGAGGAGGUGGGUUGACGAGGCCUGUGAGACAACAGUAGAUAUUAUGGAUCGAGCCAAGUGCCGCUGCAACCACACCAAUUUGCUGAUGUCCUUCUCCAUUCUGAUGUCCCCUAAGACGGUAACCAAUAAAACCCUGGAUUACAUUACCUGUAUUGGCCUCAGCAUCUCCAUCUUAAGCCUUAUUCUGUGCCUGAUCAUUGAAAUCACAGUGUGGUCCCAGGUGACGGUGACAGAGAUCUCAUACAUGCGCCACGUGUGCAUUGUGAACAUAGCCACAUCGCUACUGAUUGCUAAUGCAUGGUUCAUUGCCGCAUCCUUCUUUGAGGGCAGGGAACGAAGUUACAGCUGGUGUGUCGUGGUGACAUUCUUUAGUCAUUACUUCUACCUUUCUCUCUUCUUCUGGAUGCUGAUCAAAGCCCUCCUCAUCCUCUAUGGCAUACUGAUUGUGUUCCGCCGGAUGAUGAAAUCUGCUAUGAUGGCCACAGCCUUUUCAGUUGGCUAUGGGUGCCCUCUGGUCAUUGCUGCCAUUACAGUUGCUGUCACAGAACCAAGAAAAAAUUAUGUGCGGUCCCAGGCCUGCUGGCUCAAGUGGGAAAACUCCAGAGCUCUUCUUGCCUUUGUCAUCCCAGCACUGACCAUUGUGGCUGUCAAUCUGAUUGUGGUUUUCAUUGUGGCCAUCAACACUCGAAGGCCUUCUAUUGGAAGCUCCAAGUCUCAGGAUAUGGUGACUAUUAUGAGGAUCAGUAAGAAUGUUGCCAUUCUCACCCCACUACUGGGACUGACCUGGGGUUUUGGAAUAGCCACUCUAAUAAAGGGCAGCUCCUUGGUGUUCCACAUCAUCUUCUCCUUACUCAAUGCUUUCCAGGGGUUCUUCAUCUUGCUGUUUGGAACCAUUCUGGAUCAAAAGACAAGAGAAGCCUUAAAGGUGAGGAUGUCUUCCCUGAAGGGUGCAUCAAGGACAGAAGAAAAUUCAACAUAUAAUCUUAACAAUGGAUCUAAAUUAGUGGCUCGUUCCAGAUAAAAAGUAUGCUUCCAGGGAAGAAGUGUUUGGAAAGAAGGUUGAAGAGAAAGUAGGAUUUAUGAUUUUCCUUUCAAUCCCAUUGCCCCCACUGAACUAAAACCGGGGCCAACAAUGUAAAAUAAGAUCACCAAGACUAUGGCCUAAAGGAAUUCUCUGCUGAGCCUGUGACCUGUCGGUGGCAUGUUGAAGCCUGUUCGAAAUUUGUAGAAGUUAUAAAUAUGCCUGAAAGUUGCUGUGCUCUCCUUAGGAAAGGAAGAACCCUCUUGACUUUGGCUUCUCUUGCCGAAAUGUGGUAUUUCUAUUAAGUAAAUAGGGCCUUCCUUCCUAUGGAUGGAUCCUUCUCUCUCCUGGGGUGCACUGGGUACCUUGAGGGAUGCAGGAUGUCCUUUGGGGAAAGUGAAUCCAAGGUGGUUUCUGACAAGGAGGAUACACUUGAAAAGCCUUAGUUGUUUUGUUCGAUUUUGAACCUUUGAAAAAGCACUCUUAGGACUCUGGUUUCCUCACUUGUGAAAUGGGGAAAUUUUAGAGCGUGCUUGAGGGGCUGUAUGUGUGUAGGUGCAUACAUAAAAAUCAGUGUAUGCAGUAUGUAUGAAAGAUGACAUUGCUGUUUGUUCUGUAUUAAGAAUAAAUGGCGGGCAGCUAGGUGGCACAGUGGAUAAAGCACUGGCCCUGGAUUCAGGAGGAUCUGAGUUCAAAUCUGGUCUCAGACA